GCCUGAUCUGCGUAAGCAAGCAGCAUCUAGCUAGCUUAACCUUAAAGCAUCCCCAACCCAAGAAAAAGUCUCUUGCUUUCACUAGCAAACCAAGAGGAAGAAACGUCCAUCAAUGGCGGCGAGAGCAAGAGCGGUGGCCGCCAUGUCCAGCAGCAGCAGCAUCCUCCUGGCCGCGGCGGUGGCACUGGCACUGCUGGUGUCGUCGGCGUCGGCGCAGUCCGGUUGCACGGCGGCGCUGGUCGGCCUAUACCCGUGCAUGAACUACAUCAGCGGCAACGACACGGCGCCGACCAAGUCCUGCUGCUCGCAGCUCGGCUCCGUCGUGCAGUCCCAGCCGCAGUGCCUCUGCAGCGCACUUGGCGGCGACUCGUCGUCGCUCGGUGGCAUGACCAUCAACAAGACGCGCGCUCUCGAGCUCCCCAAUGCGUGCAGCGUGCAGACCCCGCCGGCGAGCAAGUGCAACGGCGCUGGAGGUGGCAGUGCUCCGGGCGCUGGCUCAGGAUCGAAGACGACGCCGACGGCGUACUUGCAGGGGAGCGGCGGGUCGUCGUUACAUGGCACGGCGCGUCUGGUGCUCGCGCUCUCGGCUGCUGCGAUCUUCGUCGUGUCCACCGUGUGAGGUCUCCGGCUCUCGGCCUUGUCUGAAGCACUAGCUGGUUGGCGAUUCAGGUUGUGUUUCUUGGGUGAUAGUGUUUGGGUUUCCUAUUGGUUUUGCAUUGAUCUGGGCACUGGUGAAAUGAUGAGGAGUGAGGACUGAAGAGGAAUGUUGAGUCAGCGUCGUGUUCCA